AUGCCGAGUCGUUGUAGUUCGGAUACAUUCGGUCCGGACAAUGUUGGCGAAGACAAUACAUGUCCACUGCACAUUGGCGAACGGCUCAGCAAACUAGAGCAACUGUUCGAAAAGUUUGUCUGUCGAAAAUCGUCGAGUAUAGCAACUUCAUCCGCUCCGCGAAGCCCGAUGCUCGCCGGUGCCAGCAAUGAGACUCCAUCGAAGUUCAAGUUCGUCGGUCUGCCUGAAAUUUCCAGCGCUGGGCAGAGUAUCUCCUCAAUUGGCGAAGGCAUACUUGCGGCGCAGCAUGGCACUUGGACCUCAGCCCCAUCUAUACGGACCCUAGUCGACAAAGGAGAACCCGCGCAGACCGUCUGCGAUACCAUUCACCGAGCUUUGGUAUCGCUUCUUCCGUCACAACACGAUGCUGACAUCAUCUUCGAAACGUCGAAUGGCUGGAUGAUCCUCAACGGAAUGUAUAGACCUUGCAAGGAUAUUUUCGUAAACCAAGACCCAGAGUCGUACGCCCUAGACAUGUCGGAAAUAGCAAAAGAACGCGCAGUUAUUAUAGCGCGUACGCUCGUUCACCUGGCUAUCUGUAUCAGCGCCCUUCCUCCCGAGUUUGACCCCUCUCGCUUUUCGAACAUCUGGAACCUAGACGCUACCAUGGAGACCUACAUUUCCACUGUUACGUCUCUAGUGACGUCCACGGACGAACCGCUAUUGACGUUACCAGGGCUAGAGACCCUCCUCCUUCUUUCCGUAUAUCAGAUGAAUAUUGCCAAUUUCAGACAAGCAUGGCUCAUCGUUCGCCGGGCAAUGAACCUAGCCCACCUUAUGGGCUUCCACCGCAUAAUCGCCCAACCAAAGAUACAACCGCCGGUUGAAGCAGUCGAAGCCGCAUCAUGGAUAUGGCGAUGCAUUGUGGAUAUAGAGAGAUAUCUUGGCUUGCAUCUACGCCUGCCUUUCGCAGGAGACGACUACCCAGUCAUGGAAGAUGCUGACCCGCACUUCGUCCACCGCGCUCGACUUGCUUCAAUAUCACGACAGAUCGCCGAACUCGACCGCGAAAUCACACCGCAGAUGUACGUGCAAGCCCUCGCCCUAGAUGAAAGAUUGGAGUCGAUGAUGAGAGAGCAAUCGAAGGACUUCUGGGACGUUCCUAAUAUACCGCCGACCGCACGUACACCAGAAUCCUACGCCGUACUUGAGAGAUUGAUCGUCCAGAUGUGGCACUUUGAGCUGAAGAUCUUCAUUCACCUACCGUUCCUGCUGCGAGCGCCGAAAGAGAGUCGCUAUGAGUAUUCAAAGGUCACGGCGCUGCAAGCAGGUCGCAACAUCGUGAUGCGAUGGUUUGCACUCCGGAAUGCAGGCAUCACGCAAGCUUGCUGCCGGCUCGGCGAGCUGGGAGUCUUCAUCGCAGCUAUCACUCUCACGCUCGACAUCCUCAUCGACAUGGCAACGAAGGAGAAAGGGGAGGUGCAAAAGACCAAAGGAAGCGACUUCAUGAUGAUAUGUCGCGUCAUCGGCGAAAUGGAGAAACUAGGCAAGGCUAGUACGCGAGAGAAGAUCGCCGCACGGAGCGCAGUCGUCCUGAAGAAGCUUCUAUCGUCUCUUGAUCCCAGCAAAGGGCCGGUUGGGAAAAUGCGCCUCACGAUCCCGUAUUUUGGGACAAUUGAGGUGGAAAGGAAGAAGCUGCCUGUUAGGCCGGCGUUCGAUCUGGACUCGGAUACCGCAAAGAAGCUCAACACUACCGCGACCGGGCAUCACCUCCCGGUAUUUUCUUUUGUUAGCAAUGCUCUCUGGCCCCCUGCGAAUGACCGUCCCGACUGCGGAUUAGACUUCGAUAUCGUGCUUUUCGACGGGUUGGAGGAUACGGACGUGGAGGGCAACUGGGUGUUUUGA